CCAAUUUGGCACAAACGAGAGCCCUGAAACUUACGUCCUCUGGCUGCAACUGACGCGUCGCGUGGAAAACAAAAAUUUUCCCCAUACGCGUGUUGACUCUCUUCCCCUUAUCACGAGCUCUCCAGCCCCAACCGCGUUUUCCUCCGCGUUAACAACCGCGUUAACAACCGCAUUUUUUUUCGUGUUCCCUUUUUGCCUACCCCUUAACCUCCAGUGGUAUGAUAAACUAAACCCUCGUAAGAAAGGGCAAACAGAAACCGCCUGCUUAUAUUACUAGCUCCAUACAUGUCAGUUUCAAUUUUCAAGGCUCACACCAAACAACUUUCCCAGACAUCCACGUGAUGUCAAGCCCCCAUCAUCCCUGAUGAACUUGCACCAUCUUCAAGGCCGAGCGGCUCCGGCUGGGCCUAAGCUCAGAGGUACACCUUUGAAGCUACGGAGGGACUUGAGGCGAGCCCAGGCAGAACGAGACAAGAAGCUUGAUGAUAUCGAGCGGGAUUCCAGAGCAAAUGUUCUAUAUCGCCCCAAGCGCUCGCGUGGACAAACUCAAGAUGCUCGCCGCCGUGAUUGGAGUUCCAUGAACUUGGAGCUACCAUCUAGGCCUAGACAAAGUGCGGGCAAGCAUGUGGAUGUACAGGGCCAGCACGGCCAGCGCCAAGAGAGGCUCGAAAUUCGUCUUGAACCGACAAGUCCAGACGACAGAAUUCGUCAACGACAACGUGCUCCACGUGCUCCAGUUACUCCUCCGCCUCGACGGUCGCCACGUACAAGAAGCUCUCCACAACACAGCGAGCCAUCUAAUGAGUCUGCAUCGGAUGACAGUAGCUCCGACGAUAGUAGCCCCAGCGAUACUAGCUCAGAUGAUAGCGGCUCCGACGACGAGCCUUCGCUGUGCAAGCGCAAGGCUAGGCCGAGAGUCAAGUUGAGCAAACGUCAGCAAAGGGAUCUGCUUGUGGAGUUUGUAGUCGGCGAGAACGACUUCCUCGGCGCCCUGGCAAACGGUGCAAAAUGCCACAGAGACAUGCCGUUCUGGAUAAAUAUUCGAAAACGGCUGCGACUGGACCAGGUCACUAACAAAUGGAGUGAUCUGUCGAGGGCAUUCGGUGUCAUUGUUGGCACUAGAGAGAGACAGGCGAUGGCAGGGAAGAAAGUCCCCUGCAAUAGCGAUGUUGAAAGGCUCAUCGAUAGCUGUGCCAGAAUCCGGAUUCGUCGUGGAAUACUUGACGGGUUUGUCGAUGACAAGCUCCUCAACCCAAAUAUGGUACCAGGCCUUAUCGAGUCCGGCAGCCUCGAGCAGUGCGAGCUGAUCCUGGGCGAGAUGCAAUAUCUUCAGAGAAAGCAACGCAAUAAGGAGGUUCCUGAUGGACCAGAUAAUGCAGACGAGGAAUCGGAUGCACAAGAUGACUCGGAGUUACAAGACAGCAACGAUAGCAGCGACUCUAGCUGCGAUUCCAGCAGCAGUGAUGAUAGCAACGACAUCAACGAUGACGACGGUGAAAGUACGAGUGGUGUCAGCGACGCUGCACAUCAAACGGCUUCAUCCCCGCCAACUUCACCGAUCAUGGCCAGCCCACGUUGGCCCCAUGCCGACCAAGCUUCUUCGCCCUCGUCAACUACCGCUGCUACAUACCACGCGGAUACCGACUACGCAGAUAAUGGCGAUGAUGAAGAUGAUUCUUCUGCAAUAGAAGAGGCAAUCGCUUUGCUGCAGCGCCGACAGGAACGCAAAAGAAGGCGGGCAGAGUCAGGAGCGGACGAGGCCCCGUCGCGCAGGGUCAGGAUGCAGCAUGAAAAUGAUGCCAUGAGAACAAGAGGCCGCGAUGGUGCGGACGAGCUUCUGGGACGUUGGGCCGGUGUUAUAUGAGCAGUUUCUACUUUGCUCUGACCUUCUGGCGGGCGGCCAUAUUUCUGAAUAUGGGGAUGCUACUUGAUGUGGAAAUUGUUGAAAGGCAGCGAUAGGUGGAUGAAGGAUGAAUGGUACUCAUGUAUAAACACCUUUUAAUUCGUAACAGACUGUCAAUCAAAUCACCAAGUAAUAUAAAAAGACCCAAGACUCC